GAAUUAUUUUUUGGCCAAAUUUAGUUUAGUUAUUGACGAACUAGUGCCGAGUUAAGUUCUGUGCGAAUUAAUACGAAAAAAAAUUAAUAAAUAUGAAUUCAAAGCAAAUUAUUUUUGGUGUAGCUUUAAUAGCAUUCUGCUGUGUUUCGCUAAGCAACUCGCUCAGAUGCUUCGUUUGUAAUAGCAAAGAGACCUGUAAAAAACCACAACUAUAUGAUUGCAACUCCAAUUUGGCAAGUAAUACUCGUAAUUAUCUGCAACAAUUUCACAGUGGCGUAAAUAAAAACUCCACUUCACCCUUCUUCGAAUGCUUUAAAGAAUUCAUCGAAACUGCUACUAACGAAAAUUAUUACAGGAAUUGCAUUUAUGCCAAUGUAAAUGGUUGCACACUACCUUUGUCAUCUUACAUUUCAUCAAGCACAAUGAAACGGGAGUGUAAACAAUGUAACGGUAUCGGCUGCAAUCCUGCCAGCCGAGUUGGUGUCAAUGUAAUGACUGUUUUUGCUGCAAUUGUCGUUGCGUUUAUUUUGCGUUAUGUUUGACAUUAAGUUAUUUUCGUAUAAAUAGUUUUAACAAUUGUGGUAUUUUUAAAGUUUUAUUUUUUUUUAACUAAUAAUAGAAACUGUAAAUUUUGAAAGUGGUACGAGUCCUCUUUCCAAAAAAAAAAAAAAUAUAUUAAAAAUAAUAAAAUUAAUCUGCUAAAAAAUAUAAUUCGCGAAUAUAUCGCAAACUCAUUCAAUAUGCAAUAACAUAACGCUUAAAAUUUUUUGCUAAUUAACUGUAUCAUACAAAGGAUAGUUACAAAUUGGACUCAUACCAAGUUUGAAAUUUUUGCAAAUCAUGUGUUUCUCUCAUCUAUGUAACUUAUUACCUAUUGUUCUUAUCAAUACACAGUGACAGGAGCAUUAAAAACAAAAAAAAAAAAAAAAUCCGAUAUAGUGUUCGCUCAAAGAGAAAUUUGACUGCAAAGUUUCACUUUCAAAAUUAAAAUUUUCUAGUUAUUAAUAUAGGUAAAAUAAUAUGAUGUGUACAAAAGUGAAUGACUUCUAUAUGGAAUUUGAUAUUUACACAAUUUAGAUUUUCUGUUUUUAAGUUAUUGCUUUUUAUUGUACUCUAGAAUACCAAAAUUAGCACUAACAUAAGAAGUGGGCGUGGACAUGAUAUAACUGCCCCUUUUUUGGUGAGGUUGUUCUCUUAUAUGAAG